AUGGACGCCUCGGACCUCUCCAACUUUGACCUCGAGAAGCUCAACGAGAAGGACAAGGCCGAGCUGCGGCAGUUCCUGGGCAACGAGAACCAGAAGGCGCGCGUGCAGUCCAUGGUCCACUCCCUCACCGACAUGUGCUGGAAGAAGUGCGUCACGGGAUCGAUCAAGCAGGGCGCCAUGGACAAGAACGAGCAGAGCUGCAUGGCCAACUGCGCUGACCGGUUCCUCGACGCCAGCAGCCUGACGAUGAAGCACCUGCAGAACCUGAGACAGGGUUGA